AUGGCGUUCUUGCAUUCCGUUCUCAAAGAUGUCCACGAUAGACAGCCUUACAGUGUUGGUAAAAUAACAUUACAAAAUGAUGUUGUUAAGCAUUUGAAAGAUAAAUUGUGUUCAGGUCAUGAGGGUUUUAAGAGUGUCAUUGACUUUGUGGCGCAGGGCGUCGGGGGGUAUAAUAGGGAGGUGAGGGAGGGGAAUGGGAAGGUGAAGAAGCCGAUAAAUGAGUUUCUAAGGCACAUAAACGACAGAUUUAAAAACGAGGUUAGUAUAAUUUUGGAAAAUAAUUUUGUUCCAGGCACGAAGAUGAGCUUCACGCCGGUGGAAGUCAAACAAGCCGAGGAGGCUGUGCAGUCAGUGAAUAACAAAUUGGAAGAUAGUCUGCGCACUACUAUGGUUUUUACAGAAGCAAUGGAUGCCGUUGUAGGCGACAUUGCGCACUUAAAUCACGAACUGAAACUUAAUGUUAAUAAUGCCGUAAUAGCAAUGCAACGUGAAUUAGAUGUGUUACAUUACUCGUGUCAGACGCAGAGCUUCGAUUUGAAGGGUGUGAUUAAAAUGGUUGGUGAGCAGUUCAGUGAGUUGAAUAACAAAGUUAAUGCUGAAACGAAAACGAAUGUGGAGAAGUUGGUGAAUGAUUUGAAGCAGAAAAUUAUGGCGUUCAGGCAGGAGAUACAAAAUGUCAAGCAGCCGUUGGAAGCAUGGAUUUUAUCGGCUGAGGCGCAGCUUGCUGAUUCCGAAACAUACGUUGCACAGGGAGUGGAAACUUUCGAAAAAAACUAUCCAUUGAUAAAUAAGGCACUUGGUGAGAUAAAAAAUAUUGCACAACCACUGAGCUUGCCGUUUAAUUUGAAAACACCAUUUGACAAGUCAUCUCUUGAAAUAUUUAAUGAUUCCGUUAGGCAAAAAAUAAAAAUGUUUCCGAAGGCAGUAGAGGCAGAUAUAGACAACUUGAAGAGGCAGUUGACAAAGCUGAUUAAUGACUACGUUACCGGUUUGAGUGACGGUGAGGUGUAUGCUGGUAUGGUCUAUGAGUUCGUAAAUGACGUCUUGGACAACGCCAUCAACACCCUUGUUCCAGAGGUAAAGAAACCAGCUGUCGGAGACAAAUAUAAACCUCUAAACAUAAAAAUUGAGAAAUUUAUGGAAAAUCUGAAAAAUGAGCAGAGCCAAAUCGAUGAAAUGAUCACUUCAGUAGAGAGAGACAUUCUAAACCUGAGAACGCAAUCUGCUAAUACAAACGAUCCCGACUCAAAACUCAAUCCGUUUGUAGGCACCAUGCAAGCUCAAAUGAAAACACUUAAAAUCAAACUUGACGAUCUUAUAUUGUUGGUGGAGGCUGCAGAUGAUAAGUUGAAUGCUUGGAUUUCAACCGUCGAUGCUUAUAUUGCAACAAUUGACGGAUUACGUGACACGUGCGUCAAGCAACUGGAGUCGUACGUAAAUGCCUCUAUAUCUUACGCCCAAAGCAUGAUUACCACCUAUAUACGUAAACGUUACGUUCGUUCCAUGAAACUGAUGCUGGAGGCUUUCGCCACGAAAGCCAUUGACGUAUUGAGUCCUCUGCCUACCUUGGUCGAAAACGAUAAACAUAUCGGCUUUAAAGGCUUCAUGGAGACAAUCGAUAUAAAUUUUAAUUCUAAAUUUGAAUCGCAUACAACUAAGAAAAGCCUUUCGGAUUUAGCGUCCGCCUUCACGAAUUUCUACAGUGGCCUGAAAGCGUACAUUCACGAAGAGAUUAGGAGGGUGCAUAAGAAGGAAAGGGAAAAGAAAAAUCCGCUUCCUCCUGAUGCCGAACCCUAUUACGCUAAUAAGCUUUUACAAGUUACGCUGUCACUUAUUGAUUUGCUUAUGCAUAUUCACAGUAAUAAACGGUACGACCAUAAGUUGCCAGAAAAGCUCGAUAAACUAGCCGCAGCAGUUGACGAGCUUAAACCAGAUGGCUUCGAGAGAGUUACGACCCCCGUACUUGACAGUAUAGUCAGUGGCGUCGGCAUGUUGGAGAAUGAACUAAGAAAAGUAUACAUAUCCACUUACUCGUUGCAGAAGCAACAAGAAGCCGACGCGACAAAGUACGCCAAAAUUCUUCUCACCGCAUUACCUAUAAUGAUGACACAUUUGGGUGAACUGAAACAGAAGUGUGAUACAGCGCCUCCGGAUGGUUGGAAGUUCUGUCGUCUCUAUUUAUCAUCCAAAGCCAGAAAAAAUCCAAUGGGGGAUUUCCUUCACAGUUGCGGAUACGUCGUCCCUAGCGAUAUAGAUAAGCAAGACGGCGAAUUGCAAUGUCAUCUCAAGAUGGCCGGUAACGAUAUCGGCAUGAAGCUUCUGCGCAUGAACAUUGUCAAGGCCGUUGAUAUUCCACAUCUACCGGCUUGUGUGUCACAUGUAAAAAUGAAAACACACAUUAAUGUCAUUGAUAUUAUUGAAUGUAUGUUUACCCAUCUCCAAGAAUAUUCACGUGUUUGCCACCUCACAUAUAUUCCCACCCCGGCAGCGCCGACGAGCGUAUACAAGAUGCUCAUAUGGCUCAGUGGUUUCUGGUACAAUCCGAUGUACGAAAAGGUUACCAUGUAUGUUAGACAAUUAUUCGACAAGCCGAAAGAGGAGUCAAAAUUGCAAGAUCCCUCCAACUACAAACUCGACGCCACUCGGCCAUUCAAUGCCACGACCAUUACAGAUACACUUAGCGAUGUAUGUGAGCACGCGGAAAAGACACUCGUUGCUAUACUAGGCUUCGGCCACGCGGACGGUGAAUAUGCCGUUGGGUUCACCGACAACUCACAUAAAUUAAUGUAUCCCAGUAGUCCCUCGCAGUGCUUAGAUUUGCUCUUCGAGAUACUGUGCAGAGUGUAUCACCAGCUUAACUUUGUCUACGAGCAGUGUCGGCACGGUCAACUAUAUGGUGGGUGGAACAGCUGCUGGUAUGGUCGCGGCGUUGCAGGAUCAGCGUGGGACUGCAACAGUAUGCAGUGUCCUAACCAACCGGCCAACCAAAUUGCUGACCAAAACAGUAACCAAAACCAUGACCAAAUGUGUAACCAAAAGUGUGACCAAAACCCUAAGUGCGGACUAAAAUCUCCACUGCAAUCCUUCUUGGAGGACGGCCUCCCUGGCUUCUUGCCACACUCCUUUACCGCACCUAAUUGUAAGAUCACUUGUCAGAUGCCCAAACAUUUUGGACUGCCGUGCAAAACGCCAAUGGGUUUUGCUGAUAUUGCCACAGCGGCGUCACAUUGUAAAACUGGUGACCACAUUAUGAAUGUGCUCAGCCAGUUCUGUGGCAAGGAACAUUCUGUGCUUGGCCAGCUUUGUAGCUUCCUCCAAUGUUUGUUACAGCGCACUCCACAAACACUCGAUGAGAUGUUUGCGUUUUAUUACGGCUUGCUCAAUGGGUGGGAUGAUAAUGACAAGCAACGUCAGAAGCAUAAGAGAUAUGCCUUUGACGAUGCCGUCACCAAGGCGUAUUUCAACGAACGUUAUGACGGUCUGGACAUUAGUCCAAUGUUUAACAGUAACGAUGGCUUGAAAAAUAUACACGCCAAUGGAAACUUGUUGUGUCUCACUAGUUGCAACAACAACCCAGCGUCAUUUCUCACUUGCGGCCCAUAUUUGCAACCGUUAUGUCAGAAUACAUGGACAGUUUUUUCAGAGAAGCGUGCCGAUAAAUACCUGUCAUGGAUCGUUUAUCUGACUGAAACGUUUUAUGAUUUGUUGAAAAUGUUGUACGAAGAAUGUUGUAGCAAGUGCGACAAAAGGGGCACGAAAUGCUACGAAAAAUGUAGUAUUGCGGGUUGUCCAGUUAAAUACCCUGACGCAUCUAAGAAAGGCAGCGAUGAAUAUAAGACAAAAUUUCAAACGUAUCAGACAUCCCGUCACACUAAAGAGUGCACAUCCAUUGUUAAGUGCAAGCACACCAGGCCAACGUUAUAUAAAUAUGGAUUUAAUUUUGAGAACACAUUGCAAGUCAGAGACCAAUAUAACAUAGGCAGGAAACGCACGUGUAGAGACCUGUGCAACGCACUGGACAGAGUGCUGAGUAUACAGAAAGCAGAUGAGCCCGCUCUAGCAAAAUUAAUUUAUGAGACAAUUCCCAACUUCUUAUGGAAAAUCAGAGAGCCAUUCUCACUGACACUUUUAGCCCUCUGGUCGCUGUCGCUCCUCUACCUGCUGCACAUCGCCGUCGUCCGCCUCGACGUGCUGAGGAUACGCUCCCACCUGAGAUCACCCUCAAGCCACAGGAUCGCCGCGCAGUCCCUCCUCGCCGCCGCACGCGUCAAGGCACUCGCCAACGUCAAGUACUUCUCACCAUAA